AUGGACAUGGGUGAGAUGCCAGUAUGGCCAGUUCUCGCAGCGGACGGGCUCGACAACCUACUCGCAACCUGGCACUCACAAAGACUCGCAUUUGUUGCAGCUGCGCUGCUUAUUAGCAUUGUCAUUUUACUCACUCUGCGAAGAGGUCAAACUGUUCACAACCGUGCACCAUCUCCAGCGACCGAGGAGAAAUCCAGCUGGCUGGGUACUGUAAAAGAUGCCGAAUACGAUCGCAAGGUCCUCACGAUUUCUGACAAGGAUGUGGGUGUACGCGCUUCUAGCAGAAAGGCACGACCUGUUGGUCCAAGAGUUGUGUCAGGCAAGAAGCCGCUUCUGCGGACCAAGCCUUCUUCAAAGGAAGCGAGCCUAUGCAUUAAACCGUACGUGUUCUACGCUUCGCUCACUGGCAAUAGCAAAAGCAUCGCUGAAAUCGUGACCGAACGCCUACGAACCGCAGGCAAGCAUGAUUUUUUGGAGCCGGAACUGUUUGAUCUCUCUUAUAUUGAUCUUGAUGACUACUUCGUGUCCGGUCCAAAGGUUGAAGCGACUGAUAAUGCAGCGAGUUUCUACCUUGUCAUUUUGCCUUCCUACGAUAUUGACUCAAUCAUAACAAACUUCCUCGAGCAUCUCAGAGAAACGCAUCAUGAUUUCCGUAUCGAUACCGCACCUAUGUCUAGCUUAGCAGGAUACUCAGUCUUUGGUAUUGGUGACAAGGAAGGCUGGCCUUCAGAAGAGCAAGGUUUUUGUUCACAAGCUAUUGAGGUUGACAAGUGGUUGGCCAAGCUUACUGGACGAAAGCGAGCAUAUCCUGUUGGUCUUGGAGACGUGAAGAGCAACAUAAAGCAAGUUGCUGAGGAUUGGACAAUUGGUAUAAUUGACAGCUUAAGGGACAUGCAACAAGCAGGUAACUUGGGAGAAGGAGUACCUGGCAGUGGCGCGUCUGUAGAAAGUGAUGACGAGGCAGCUGACGAGCAGGAGCCUCAAAGUGAAGACUUCCCAGACUUUGGCCGUAAGAAGCGUCAAAAGCUGAACAACAACUCUGCUGCUGUCGAUGUCGAGGAUGUGGGUGGUAAGUCAGAACCUAAGGCUCCUCUUCUUGUCGACUUUACCAUAUACUCGUCAACGCCCCAAACUCAGUUGCAGGUCAAGCCUAUGGUUCCAAAAGAGUCACCAACAUACGCAGCUCUCACGAAACAAGGUUACACAAUCAUUGGAACGCAUUCUGGAGUCAAGAUUUGUCGCUGGACCAAAUCCGCACUUCGAGGUCGUGGCUCGUGCUACAAAAAUUCUUUCUAUGGAAUUGCCUCUCAUCUAUGCAUGGAGACUACUCCUUCUCUAUCAUGCAGCAACAAGUGCGUUUUCUGCUGGCGCCACGGCACGAACCCAGUAUCCACGACUUGGCGUUGGCAAGUUGAUGAUCCCCAGGUCAUCUUCGAUGGCGCAAAGGCGGGUCAUUACAAGAAGAUCAAAAUGAUGCGUGGAGUUCCUGGUGUACGUGCCGAAAGAUUCGAAGAAGCCAUGAAGAUCCGCCAUUGUGCACUAUCGCUUGUUGGAGAACCAAUAUUCUAUCCACACAUCAAUGAGUUCGUUGACUUGCUGCAUGGUGAGCGAAUUUCCAGUUUCCUGGUCUGCAAUGCGCAACACCCAGAUCAGUUGCAAAACCUGAAACGUGUAACUCAGCUCUACGUUAGUAUCGACGCUUCCAACAAAGACUCUCUCCGCAAAAUCGAUCGACCACUGCAUCGUGACUUUUGGGAACGUUUUCAGUCAUGUCUGGAUAUCCUUCGCACUAAACGCUUUGUUCAACGAACAGUAUUUCGCCUCACACUCGUUAAAGGCUUCAACGUUGACGAUGAAGUGGAAGGUUAUGCAGAUCUGAUCGAGAAAGCACUACCGUGUUUUGUGGAGAUCAAAGGUGUGACCUAUUGUGGCACCACGUCCGCCGCUGGAGCAGGGUUGACGAUGCAGAACGUUCCUUUCUAUGAAGAAGUUGUUGAAUUCGUAACAUCUCUUAACGUUGCGCUUGAGAAGCGAGGACUGGAAGGUGGCUAUGGCAUCGCAGCUGAACAUGCUCAUAGUUGCUGCAUACUUAUGGCAUCGAAACGUUUCUUCAUCGAUGACAAGUGGUGCACUCUCAUCAACUAUGACAAGUUCUUCAAAUUGCUCGAGAGUGGGACUGAGUUCGGGCCAGAGGACUACUGUGCACCAACACCUGAAUGGGCUUAUUUCGGUAACGGUGGCUUCGACCCAAGGGAUGAGAGAGUCGACCGAAAAGGAAGACCGAAGAUAGAGUCAUAA